AUGAAGGCCAUCAUCCUCGUCGGCGGCUUCGGCACCCGUCUCCGCCCCCUUACCCUCACUCUCCCCAAGCCCCUUGUCGAGUUUGCCAACAAGCCCAUGAUUCUACACCAGAUCGAGGCUCUGGCCGCCGCAGGCGUCACCGAUGUGGUUCUUGCCGUGAACUACCGUCCCGAGAUCAUGGAGAAGCAUCUUGCCGAGUACGAGGAGCGAUUCGGCAUCAAGAUUACCUUUUCGAUCGAGACCGAGCCUCUCGGCACCGCUGGCCCCCUCAAGCUUGCGGAAGACGUCCUCGCCAAGGAUGAUGCUCCCUUCUUCGUGCUCAACUCGGACAAGCCUGUCGAGUUCGUCGGUACCCGCAUCAACGCCGGCAUGUACAUUCUCAACACCUCCGUGCUCAAGCGCAUCGAACUGCGCCCUACCUCCAUCGAGCAAGAGACCUUCCCUGCCAUUGUCCGCGACGGCCAGCUCCACAGCUUCGACCUUGAGGGCUUCUGGAUGGAUGUUGGUCAGCCCAAGGAUUUCCUCACCGGUACCUGUCUGUACCUGUCGUCACUCACCAAGAAGGGCUGCAAGGAGCUGGCCCCUGCGUCCGAGUCUUACGUCCACGGCGGCAACGUUCUGAUCGACCCCUCCGCCAAAAUCGGCAAGCACUGCCGUAUUGGUCCCAAUGUCACCAUCGGCCCUGGUGUCGUCAUCGGCGACGGUGUCCGUCUCCAACGCUGCGUUCUGCUAUCUGGUUCCAAGGUCAAGGACCACGCCUGGGUGAAGAGCACCAUUGUCGGCUGGAACAGCACUGUCGGCAAGUGGGCCCGUCUCGAGAACGUCACGGUGCUGGGAGACGAUGUCACCAUUGCUGAUGAGAUUUACGUCAACGGCGGCAGCGUUCUUCCCCACAAGAGCAUCAAGGCCAACGUUGAUGUGCCUGCCAUCAUUAUGUAA